UCAGAAAGGAAGAUCUGGGCGACUGCGAGGAUCACACCGAAGAGAUGGGAACGGAGAGUCGCGGCCCUAAUUAAGCCAUUUUAAAUAUACAUCUUCAUUAUAUUCACGUAACUCGGGUAAAUGCUGCUGUUGUUUACAUUUAAUGACAGGGAUAACUUCAGUUGGUAAAAGACCCAGGGGCCCGGGCCUCAGUCCGCGGUCUUGAGUUGAACAGCCAUUCGACAUCAGAGCGAGUGUGUCGGUGUCAACAGCAGAGCCCGGCUGCACAUCAUGGGCGACAGCAGAGAUUCUCGAAGUCCAGACAGCUCAUCCGUUUCCUCACCACCAUCAGGUCAGCGUUCGCCCCCGUUGGCCCCUUCAGCCGCCUCCAUGACUUCUCUGCCACCCAUCACUUCAGCCGUGAACAGUCCCAUCAGCAGCAUGGGCUCACCUUUCUCAGUCAUCAGCUCCUCUCUAGGUUCUCCUUGCCUUCCUGGAACUCCCUCUGUAGGCUACGGCCCCAUCAGCAGCCCACAGAUGAACAUGUUUCCCAGAAACAUAGAGAUCAAUUCCACUGUGUCAAUGUCAGGCCUGCAUGCCGUCAGCAGCUCUGAUGACGUGAAACCACCCUUCGGUUUGAAGCCGCUGUCCAGCCACAGCCCAGGACCCAUGCUCUCACAGAAGCGUCUGUGUGCCAUCUGUGGGGAUCGCUCCUCUGGCAAGCACUAUGGCGUGUACAGCUGCGAGGGCUGCAAGGGCUUUUUCAAGCGCACCGUGAGGAAGGACUUGAGCUACACAUGCAGAGACAAUAAGGACUGUCUGGUGGACAAACGCCAGAGGAACCGCUGCCAGUACUGCCGCUACCAGAAGUGCCUGGCCAUGGGGAUGAAGAGAGAAGUGGUCCAAGAUGAACGUCAACGAUCAGUUCAGGAGGAGCGUCAGAGGAACAAGGAGCGGGAAGGAGAGGUGGAGUCCACCAGCGCUGCGAAUGAAGAGAUGCCAGUGGAGAAGAUUCUGGAAGCAGAAAUGGCGGUGGAGCAGAAGACUGAGCUGCAUGCGGAUGGCAGCUCAGGUGGAAGCUCUCCGAACGACCCAGUCACAAAUAUCUGCCAGGCUGCUGAUAAACAGCUGUUCACUUUGGUGGAGUGGGCAAAGAGGAUCCCUCACUUCAGUGAGCUGUCUCUGGAUGACCAGGUCAUCCUACUGCGUGCUGGCUGGAAUGAGCUAUUGAUCGCAUCAUUCUCUCAUCGCUCCAUCACUGUGAAGGAUGGCAUUCUGCUGGCCACUGGCCUCCAUGUCCACAGGAACAGUGCUCACAGUGCUGGGGUGGGAGCCAUCUUUGACAGGGAGAGUGCGCACAAUGCAGAGGUUGGGGCCAUAUUCGACAGGGUGUUGACGGAGCUGGUGAGCAAGAUGAGAGACAUGCAGAUGGAUAAAACAGAGUUGGGGUGCCUGCGAGCCAUCAUCCUCUUCAACCCAGAUGCAAAGGGAUUGUCAAGCCCAAGUGAAGUGGAGUUACUGAGAGAGAAAGUCUAUGCAUCACUGGAGGCUUAUUGUAAACAGAGAUAUCCUGACCAGCAGGGGAGGUUUGCCAAGCUCCUUCUCCGGCUCCCAGCGCUUCGCUCCAUUGGCUUAAAAUGCUUGGAGCACCUGUUCUUCUUCAAGCUGAUUGGAGACACCCCGAUCGACACCUUCUUAAUGGAAAUGCUUGAAGCGCCUCAUCAGCUGACCUAACCUGGACUAGGCUCGAUCCAGUUCAAUCCGGUUUGCACCAGGGAAUCGCAGUCCCCCCUGGACUUGGGGCUUCACUGUCUCACUUCCCAUUAACACCUUCCCCCUCUCUCCCACACGUUCUCCCUGCCGCACCUUCAAACCAGUACAGCCCCGAAAAAAAAGACUCUUAGCUGUUUGAAAAAAAAAAAGACUUGUUUUCCAUGUAAGGUUUUACACAGUAUGAGCUGUCCAGAGAGAGCUUAUUUUUCAAAUUCGUUGGAGGUUCUAUUAAAAGACUUCGGCUUCCAGUUUUAGAACUCUCAUAUUGAUUCUAGAGUUCUCCGUGUGUCGCUUUGGUUUGUAUGUUACUCUGAAUGCACGAAUUGUACUUCUUUUUCGUUUCUCAUCGCAGUCAUACAGCCCUUCGGCUGAAUUUACAGUGCAUGUGUGACCGGGGCGACAAUCCGGCGAGCCGUUUGGCUGGUACGAAUCAAGUCGCGGCAGACCUGCCUCUUUGUUUUUGACUGUGGAAUACUGCUAACUGCUAUCUUUGGGAUUUUAACCUUGAAAUCCUACUUUGUACUGUACUCAUAAAAUGAGUCUGAUUUAUAAACGGCAUUGGAAAUCCUCGGCCUGCUGAAAUCCAGGCCGGGGUUUUACAUUUGUGAAUAAAUGUAUGCAGGUUUUUUGGACGUGAAUUUUUUUUAAUCAUGUUCCAAGGAGGGCCUAAAGGCACAGAUUGAUUCUCGCAGGAAAAUCCUGCUUUUGUUUUGGGCGGCAAUAGGAGGGUCGACCUUGUUUUUUCUUGGUUUGUGUUGUUUCAAAUGAGCAAAUAUAUUGGUAUAGGUUUUGGUACCUUCUAGAGGACCUUACCUUUGCCAUUUUUAUAAUUUUCCCCAUGCUCUUUUGAUCUAUUUCUUCACCAAUUCCUCAAAUAGGAACCAAUUCCACACCAUGACCCCGAAAGGACAGAUAUUUAUAAAGUGUGUGUGUGUGCGGUGUAGUAUGUCCAACCACUCUUGUCCUUUCCACGUGAUCGGUGUAGAAGGCCUUUUUCUUUCGUGUUUGUGAAAUCAGCUUGUCAUCAGGCUCCUUUGGAAUGAACUGGUAUUAACUUUAACAUAGUAAACAACAAAAGUGAUUCUGGUUUGUGUAAAGGCUGGAAUACUCCACAACUUUUGCAGAUUUUUGUCCUGGUUUACAGUCUGGAAGAAUUUACACUAGUUGCCGAAAUUGAAAGCAAUUUUUGGAUAGUCAAAGUUGAACGAUUUCACGGAAAACCGUGUAGUGUUCGAUGGGCACAGACUGUGAUUCCAUCCAGUCGGAGAAUAUCAAACGUUUUCAUUUGGCGUGCAUGUUUCUGCAUGCGUUGAUGCCCUGUUUUUCUCUGUAACCAUUUGCAAAGUCUGCAAGUGUAUGAUGCCUAGUGUUGUAUGAUGCCUCUUCUGAUUUUAAAGCUGGUGUAAGUGUGUAUUCCAGCUGUGUGUUGUUGGAGAAUCACCUUCUACAUUCCAUCUGUACUGGUUGCCUCCCUCAUAGAAACUCUGAAUUAUUCAACAGGGACUAGCAAGAACUUUGCGUUCAAUCUGAAGUGUCAAAACCAGCAUCCGCUAUAAUCUCUAUGCAUUUAUGUAGUCUUGGAAGAAAGAAUUCAGGCCAUUAAACAAGAUCUAGAAAAUACACCAGUAUUGAUGGUGGGUACUAUUUUCAUAUAUGCCUGUUAGUUUUUAUGGCUCAAACCAAGUCAUUUUAGGCAGAGACUUAAGAUCAGAUAUUGACAGUGUUUGAAGUUUUUAUAGAGAAAAAUAUCUAGAGAUUGUUAGUGGUCCCACCAUUUUUGGUGCUAGUAAUUAAAUGCCGACACCAAAAUAGAAACACAGCAGUGGUGAAAAUAUGCAAUUUCUCCAAUAAGCUUGAAUUUGAUAUGCCAAUUUCUUAUUUAAUGCACCAUCUUCUGCAUAAUGAUUUCAGCUGUAGUAUCCAGUUUUUAUAUAUCCAUAAGGUGCUUAAUUUCCAGUUGAGAGUAUAGUCAUGCCGAAAUCAGCAUCAGAUAGGAUCGUUCUCAGAUGUUUGAAGGAUCAAUGGAUUGUACUGUAAUCCAUAAUAUGCUAGCCAUUGACAUGUGACUGAAUCCAGACUUCCAUUUUUAGCUUUGGUUCUCUGUGACUAGCGUUGCCCCCUCGCUUAACAUCCCUGUGUGUUUGUUUUGAUCGGGCCAGUGGUAGAAAGCCUUUUUUAUGUGAUCAAUAACUGACCUCUGGUCCUAUAAAUUUGGCUUCCCAGUAGUUCCUCAAAGAGGUUCUGUAUUUUCUCGUGUGUUUUGGUCUAUCCAAGUUCCAUUUAUCCAGGAAUUAAAGCUAUUUCAGUUGGUGUCUGCUCUAUAUCUGAACGUGGGAAGGCUCAUUUGAUUGUGCAUUGCGUGCUUGUGUUUUCAUGUGGGCGCCUGGAGCUUUGCCAGAGUUGUCAGCCUAGGGUGUAGGUGUGUGUGUGUGUGUGUGUGUGUGUGCGCAGCUUUGCAGAAAAAAUCCUAUGUGAAAGAUGCAUGCAAGAGUCAUCAUGUGGUAAAAAAUCUUCACCGUAUUUCCUUGAAAUGGAGUGCAAUGGUCCUGUCUCCUAUUACUUGAUUGCAGUUUGCCACAAUCGACUACAUAUUAAUCCAGACAUGCGCUGUGAGCUUGUGUGGCCGACCCUCCCUGUCUUUUAGGGUCCACUUUUUUUUUUGGGUCCUUCUCCAAAAUUGUUACUUUUUUCAUAAUCUUACCUUUUAACAGCUCUCAAAGUUAGCUUAGGGUUGCAAGGCAUUCAUAAAAACGAACAAGACUUGCACAGGAUUUUGUACAAUGUACAAUGUCUCGUUACAAUGGACAGUAACCCCUGAAUUAUCCGUCAUGCACCUGAACUGAUUCAGCACUGCCAAACAGGGGUGAGGGGAGUGGGUUUUUUUUUUUAGUUAUAUUUCUUUUUCGGCUAUUCCUAACACCUACUGGUUGACUGUGUACUGUGAUGAUCACUAAACAGAGCCCCUAUUGCAACUAUUUAUACUGAGCUGAGUCAGAGAUCCAGAGGGUUCUGGUAGUGUGUGUUUUUUUCUAAGGCCUUGUUGCUGCAAUUGUUGUCUUAUGUGGAAAAAGCCCUCCUGAUUGUGUAUUUGAAGCCGAGUGGCGCUCUGAAAUAUGCACAGUGCAAACUUGAAUUAAUCUCUGCCUGAGAAUGAAGUGGGUGUGCAUGUUACAGUCUGAGAGCUGAUUCACUUUUAUCUUCGUUUUUGGCUUAGCGGUGAAUGUUUGCUUCUGUUAUGAGAUAUAUGCAUAAGACAUGAGUGAAGUGGAAGCAUUUGCGAAGGUGAAUUGCACAAAACCUGUCAGGAAUGUGACUGGGUCAUACUACACCACAAAAUCUAAAGGAAAAAUAAGCCUAUGGAAGUAGUACCACUUAAA